GAAAAAUUAGUUGAAAACAAAAGAGGAAGUUAAAAUUUUCUACGUAGACACUUGAAUUUCAUCUUUCUGUAAAUGUACCAGGAUGUUUCAUACACCAGAUUACUAUCACAAUAUAUCCAUGAGACUUUCUGAGGUCUUGGACGAUAUUGGAGUGAAUGAAAAUAUCGUGACGAAGAGAAGAAUGGCAACUUUACUGCAAGAAAGCAUGUUCACAAUCACAUCAAAAGCAACUGGCAUACCACAGACUCUAUAUAAGUUAGGCAGUACAUCAGAAGGUUCAACAACACUAGGACUGAAUUCAGAUACUGAUAUACUCAACUGUCAAGAUGAUGUCAUUGUGAUACAGGACUGGUCUGAAUGGACUCCAGGUAAAUGCAAUUUAUUGAUUAUCCAGAAUGAAACAACACCACCUGGUUAUUGUCUUCUACAGGUACUUAGACAUGAUGUUCCACUUCCUACUUCACAUGAAACAGACAAUGUCUAUGUCAAGGAUUCAAGUGGAAAGAUACUGUACAAGAAUACAAUAAUUGAUGAUAUUAUGCCUGAAGGAUGUCAGCGGCAAGGACCAUCAUCAGCAUCAGCAGCAGAACCAGGUAUUCUUGCAAGUGACAUUGUAACAGCACUUCCUUGUAAAUCAUGGCCACAAUCAUCAAGGGCUUGGCUGGACCGGCAAGAAACAAACACAUGGCCAACUGCAGAAAUGAAGAUACAUGCAAAAACAACAAAGUGUUUUCUGGUUGGCGUUGGCAGCAGAACUAGUGAAUAUUCAGAAUUUGAAUGGAGAAUAUCUACCUCAUUAGCUGAACGGUGCUUGAUGUUCAAUUUAAAUAUUACUCAGAUAAGAUGUUAUAUCUUAAUGAAAAUGAUUCUUAAAACAUACAUUAAUAUUGAAAAUCUUGACAAUGAAAGUUACAUUUCAAGUUACAUAUGUAAAACUGUUUUGUUACACUGUAUAAUAAAUAAACAUUCAAAUAUAUGGAAGGAAUGUGAUAUAUUAAACUGUUUAAAUUUCUGUAUAUUAACACUAAACAAUUAUAUAUAUCAAAUGAACACUGUCCCCAUUUCAUUGUUCAUGAAAACAAUUUAA